AUGGAUUUUCUCAACCACAACUACUUCAGCGCGCGCAACCCGUACGACUACACGUUUAACUUCUGGAAUGACUACCUGGGGCUGACCACGUUGGUGACCAAGAACAACAGGCUGCCACAGAACCCCAACUCCAUCACCGAGUCCCUGAAGGCCACCCUGGGGCUGGAGGAUGAGGACAUCCCCAGUGCAUGCCCGUGCGUAACGGAGGGCAGCCACCUGGACUGCUGCUGCUGCUGUCCCUCCGCCAGCCCGCCCCCCGCCUCUAUCCUCGACCUGAAGGAGCGUUUCUCCAUCCUCAGCCCGUUCCACCACCCUCACCUGCCCGAGCGCGGAGGCAUAGGGGCCGGGAUGGUGGACGCCAGCUUCGGGGGCGCGUUCCAAGGCUUCGACAUCUUCAGCGUGGAGAGGAAGAUGCGUAAAAGCGCGAGCAGCGGAGGAGGAGGGGGCAGCAGGGGCAAGCAGGAGCCCAAGAUCUGCGUGUUCUGUCGCAACAACGGGGCCCCGGAGGAGGUGUACGGGUCGCAUGUGCUGAAGACCCCGGAUGGCAGAGUGGUUUGCCCGAUCCUGCGCGCGUACACGUGUCCUCUCUGCAGUGCCAACGGGGACAACGCGCACACGAUAAAGUACUGUCCACUGUCCAAGGAGAACCCAGCCCAGCGGCCUCUGAAAGGGGGCCGCGCGGUGGGGGGCAAGAGGGUCAAAGUCUUCUGA